AUGGAAUCGCUUUAUCGAAGUGAAGAAAUGUGCUUAGCACAGUUGUUUCUGCAAACGGAAGCUGCGUAUACUUGCGUCGCAGAGCUAGGAGAAUUGGGUCUUGUGCAGUUUCGUGAUCUCAAUCCAGAUGUAAGUGCUUUCCAACGGAAAUUUGUGAAUGAAGUGCGAAGAUGUGAUGAAAUGGAACGAAAAUUAAGGUUUUUGGAGCGUGAAAUCAAAAAAGACUUAAUACCAAUGCUGGAUACAGGCGAAAAUCCAGAUGCUCCACAACCGAAAGAGAUGAUUGAUUUAGAAGCAACAUUCGACAAGUUAGAAACUGAAUUACAAGAGGUUAAUCAAAAUGAAGAAAUGCUGAAGAAAAACUUCUCGGAAUUAACGGAACUAAAACACAUUCUUCGAAAAACACAACAGUUCUUCGAAGAGGUGGAAUAUGGUAGAUGGCCGUAUGCAAAACGAGAGGAGAAUCAACGUUGUUUUAUUCGUGAAGAGGAGCAAAGCCUUUUGAGCGAAUCGCGAAGCAUGGCAGUUACUUUGCGUUUGGGUUUUGUUGCUGGUGUCAUUGAGAGAGAGCGGCUUCCAGCAUUUGAACGACUGCUAUGGCGUGCUUGUCGUGGCAAUGUCUUCUUGCGGCAGUCUGAAAUAGCCGAACCACUUAUCGACACUACCACUGGAGACCCAAUUAUCAAUACAGUGUUUAUUAUAUUUUUCCAAGGUGAUCAGUUGAAAACUCGUGUUAAAAAAAUUUGCGAAGGCUUUCGAGCAACUCUUUAUCCGUGUCCGGACACUCCUCAAGAACGACGAGAAAUGUCAAUAGGGGUGAUGACUCGUAUUGAAGAUCUGAAAACUGUUUUAGGACAAACACAAGACCAUCGACAUCGUGUUCUGGUUGCUGCAUCGAAAAAUGUACGUAUGUGGUUAACAAAAGUGCGUAAAAUCAAAUCUAUUUAUCAUACAUUGAAUUUGUUCAAUUUGGAUGUCACCCAGAAAUGUCUGAUUGCUGAAUGUUGGUGUCCGGUAGCUGAUUUAAAUCGCAUCCAACUGGCACUCAAAAGGGGAACGGAAGAAUCAGGAAGUACAGUACCAUCAAUUCUAAAUCGUAUGUCAGGUAUAACGGAAGCACCUCCAACUUUUCAUCGUGUUAACAAAUUCACGCGUGGUUUCCAAAACAUUGUCGAUGCGUAUGGCAUUGCAUCGUAUCGAGAAAUAAAUCCGGCUCCUUACACAAUGAUCACAUUCCCGUUUAUUUUCGCUGUUAUGUUUGGUGACUGCGGCCAUGGACUCAUUAUGCUUUUAUGCGCUCUCUUUUUUAUAUAUCGAGAAAAGCAUUUAGAAGCAGCUCGAAUAAAUGAUGAGAUUUUCCAAACAUUUUUUAACGGUCGUUAUGUGAUAUUUCUGAUGGGUUGCUUUUCCGUAUACACGGGAUUCAUCUAUAACGAUGCAUACAGCAAAUCAUUCAAUUUAUUCGGAAGUUCAUGGAGAAAUAUCUACGCGGAUUUAAGUAAAUAUGAGUCUGAGAAGGAACUUAUGCUUACACCACAGUGGGCUUAUUACAAUUUGUCAAUUGGCCCUUAUCCUAUAGGUGUUGAUCCAAUUUGGAAUCUUGCGGAGAGCAACAAAUUGAAUUUUUUAAACUCGAUGAAAAUGAAAAUGUCUAUCAUAAUUGGUGUUGCGCAAAUGACAUUUGGUGUCAUGUUGAGUUAUGAGAAUUACAAAUACUUUGGUUCUCGUCUAGAUAUCCUAUAUAUGUUUAUCCCACAAAUGCUAUUCCUUGGCUGUAUUUUCAUUUACCUUUGUUUAGAAAUUCUCUUCAAGUGGCUGCUUUUCUCUGCUAAGAGUGGUUAUGUUUUGGGUUAUGAAUAUCCAUCGUCUAAUUGUGCCCCAUCGUUGUUGAUAGGGUUUAUUAGCAUGUUUAUGAUGAAGUAUCGCCCAUCUGGAUUUCUUGAUCCUAAAGGAAAUGUGUAUCCGCAGUGUUAUCUGAAUCUUUGGUAUCCGGGUCAGUCAUUUUUUGAAACAUUAUUUGUGCUUAUUGCGACAGUGUGCAUCCCGAUUAUGUUAUUUGGUAAGCCGUAUAUGCAGUGGAAGGAGUUCAAAGAGCGAGCCACCUUAGGAAGUUCUAACUUGAGUGUUCGUGCUGAAUCGAAUGGUGAUGAUGCACACAUAAUCCACAAUGAUUUAUCGAGAUCAUCGACCACUCAUAUUGAGGAAAAAUUCGAUUUUGCUGAUGUUAUGAUUUAUCAAGCUAUUCAUACUAUUGAAUUUGCUCUGGGUUGCAUAUCGCACACUGCUUCAUAUCUUCGCCUUUGGGCACUUUCGCUUGCUCAUGCUCAAUUAUCGGACGUAUUAUGGACCAUGGUUUUCCGUCAGGCUUUUAUGCUAAAUGGUUAUAUGGGAGCAGUAGCGACAUAUGUUCUCUUUUUUCUAUUUGCUUCUCUUUCAUUUUCAAUUUUAGUCAUGAUGGAGGGUCUCAGCGCUUUUCUACAUGCUCUUCGUCUUCAUUGGGUUGAAUUUCAAAGCAAAUUCUACAAAGGACUUGGUUAUGCUUUUGUUCCAUUUUCAUUCGAUAAAAUCCUAGAAGAGGCUCGUACUGCUGAGGAAAAUAUAUAA